UAUGUUUAUCCUGGCUGCCUUGUGCGAUUAUUAUUAUGUGAAAUUAAGUUUUGUGUACUAGAGUAUUUAAUUUUUUAUUGGAUUAUAAGACGCUACGGAAAGUGGACUACGUUUUAAACUUAAGCUUACCAUAUUUUGGUCGAAUUUUACUUGAAGCAAAAGUAAACAAGAGGAGGAGAACACACACAAGUCCACUUGACCAAUGUAUAAAUCUUCAAGUCAGGGAAUAUGAAGAGGAGAAAAACUCAAGGUUAAUUUCAAGAUUAUUAUUGUGUAAAAUCUUUAGUGUCACCUCUAAACAAGGCAUAUAUUCAGUACUACAAUGGAUCAUAUAAGUGAGAAAAUAAUCGAGGUCUUCGAACGGGAAAUCGACAGAGAGUUGGCCGAGAGGAUGGUAACAGUUUCAACAAUUUCCGAUAACAUAAAAAUAUGCCAAAAACAACUCGACAGACUUCGCAAAGAGGCAGUUGUUAAAUUUUAUACAAAUCCAUGCCAGAACUCUGAGACUGAGCAGCCAAGUAUACAUCCAGCCGUAAAGAAACUAAUUGGCAAGAGACCUGCUGUCACUGAUUCCACCCAACAGUACCUGAAGUCCACAGCAUCAGAGUGGAAGAGGGAGACGAGGAAAAGGCACCAGAAAAAACACUCGACAACGUUUCUGAAACACAAGAGUAAAAAUUCAGACAAGCCAGAUGAAGAGACAUCAGUCACCAACGAGAAUGUUAUUAGGCCUUGUUAUAUCCCACCUACAAUCCCAGGAAACCCCCAAGAAAACUCAACUUUAAGAGGAAACACAAAGAAAAUGCACAUGAGAGUUUUGGUUGGAAACUUAGCACAAAGACUGGACACAGUUGGUGAAGAUGGAGCGACCCAUAAGUGGAUUGUCUAUGUAAGGUCAGCUCCUGGCUCAUUGGAGAUCGAACAGCAAGUGGCUAGCGUGUGCUUUUAUCUUCAUCCUACUUAUAAACCUCACAAUAUCGUGACAGCCCCAUAUCCACCGUUUACUCUUAACCGCAGAGGAUGGGGGGAAUUCCCUCUAAGAGUUGAACUGAGUUUUAAGAACAACCUAAACAAGCCAGCUGAUAUCAUUCAUAAUAUUAAUCUGAAUGGAAGCAUAAGCGGGCACCAUACCAGAAGUUCAGAGACAUAUUUAGAUCUCUGGCUCUAUCCGAAUGGUGAGGCAGGGCCUAGUCAUUCCGUUACUUCACGCCUGAUUUUAGACCAAGCAAGUGACUUGAUGAAGGAAAACGUACCAGAUUUCUCAACAGACUUGAUAUGUUUUAAAUGUCAAGAAUCAGGUUUACCAGUUGAGAACAGCCGAUGCGCAUGUGAUGCCUCAAAUUUAUCUGUGUUUGACGAUCAAGAUUCUUCCUCGAUUAAUGAAAAUUUUAGCGGUACUGAUUUCAUCCCUGACAUGAUCACUUCACUUCCUAUGGAUUGUGAGACGGAUCCACACACCUAUGUUUCAAGAAAUUUGGAAACACCAGAGAUGUCGUCAGUCAACUUUGGAAUGGAACACUCAAGUCGUCGAAUAACUAACUAUGAAGUUUCUAGUCUAUCAGACAUUGUCAAAAAUGUUAUCGGCCCCAAUAGCUGCCCAAAUUUUCACGUAGAUUUGUCAAAAUUAUCUCUACCAUUUGAUUUUGACAAAAAUGCUUUUGAAAAAGGUUUUCUCGAUGAAAGUACUGAUCAUGAACUUGACUUGAUUAAAGUUACUGACUUCACAUCUAAUAACAGUAACGAUGCUGUAAAUUUUAGUUCAGAUAUAGAUUUUAGUGAAAUACUUGAAGACUUGGUACUAAAAGAAACAAUCAAAGAAGAACCGGUUGUAUUUGAAGGGAGUAACACUGGAUUAAAAUUGGAAAAUUUAGGUACAUCAACACUACAUAAUUGUAGUAUCAAAAUUGAAGAUAACAUAUGCAUGAGUAGUGAUGUAAGCACUAACCAUGUUACUUCAAAUCACCAUACACCACCAGAGAUUCAAGGGGAUAAUGUUUGCAAAAUUCCUGAAGAAUUACUUCUUCCCGACUUUUUUGAUUCAGAGUUUCCAAACUUAAACACUUUACAUACCAAUGAUACAAAUUUAAUUGAUUCAGAAUUUAAAUUUGCAGAUGUACCUUGUUCAGAUGAAACCAAUUUUAUUAACUCAGGAUUUUACCCUUUAAAUGCACAAUCCACAUGUAUUGAAGAUUGUACACUAUCAAAAAAUGACGCAAAUUUCCUUGACACUGGGUUUGCUUCCCUUAACCCAUAUCAGUCAUUUGAUAAUCAUCCAAAUGAGAGUGAAAGGAAUUUCAAGAUGACUGACUUGAGGAAUUUGUCUCAGCCAAGUUGUUCACACUCAGAUUCACAGAGUGAACAGACAAAAAUAAUCACUGAAGAAAAUUUCAGAAAAGAUACAACAAUGGUAAUCGAAGAAAUACCAAUACAUGAGUUUAUAGAUAACAUUGUUGAAGAAAUUGUUGUUGAUAUCCCUAAAGAGGAGUUGUCUAAUUCAGACAGUAGUCAACUAAUACGACCAGACACUAUUGGAAGUGAGAGAGAUGCCUCUCCUGUUGAAGAAUUACCGACGCAAACCCAAAAUAUUGAAGAAAAUCAAAUCCUUGCAGAUGUACCAUCAUCAACAGCUCGUACUAAUCAAGACAGUGAAAAAGUGAUUUCAGAGAAAGGUUUGCCUCUAUCUAGCCAGAAACCUGAAUCUGUAGAUGAUAAAAAUAUUCAUGAAAUUGUUCAAUGUAGUAAAAAGUUAAAAUACGAUGACAAUUUGAGGCUUCCAAACAUGCCAAAAGGAGGAGCUUCAUUAUUGGAGUCCUUAAAAACCAAUGCUGUGAAAAAAAGAAAAUUUAAAACUAGUACAAAAUCAUCUGUUAUUUCUUGUCUACAGAAUCGUGGCGACCUGCAAAAUAAUGUUUCUGGUUCAACAAGCUUAUUGAAAUCAAACAUGAAUAAAAAUAGUAUUCUCAAACAAAACUUAAAUAACGAAAGCAAACAAGUUACGAUUCCAACAUUUCUUAUUCAACAAUCAACAAUACAACCUACUAGCAUAGCCAAUGUCAUGCCAUCUAUUCCCCAAAGUGGUCAGCAACUGACUAUAAAUCUCCCAAAUUCUCAACCUUCAACCACGACAAACACUUCUGAGGCGAAGAAACCUGUUCCCGGUCUAAGAUUUAAACCGAUAAAUAAUCCUCGGAAUUUUACCUUAAGGCCAGGUAUGAAACAAAUAAGGCUUGUUCGUAUGCCAAAUGGGGUUAAUCAAAUUACUCUUCCAACAUCUUUUAUUCAACAGUCAAGGCCAGUGAUCUCAAAUCCUAAUGGAGUGAUUAACAGAACUCAACUGCAAAAUGCUCUACUUGUAGCCAGGUCACCCACCAGAAUACAGAAUGGACCUACUAUUCAAUCCGCCAAUAACAUGAUGUUAGGGAAUAAAUCUACAACUCAAAAUGCCGUCCAACAAGUACAAAACUGUGACAAGAAAGUUACACCUGUAACUCUUGUUAAGGGUCAAGUGAAUAGUAGUGACAUUCAAAGUAUUUUGUUGAAUCAGCAAGGGUUGCCGAAGAAUAGUAUACCUCUUCCAAAAAUUGAUUAUAGAAACAGAAAAUUAAUAACUAAACCUAUCAUAAAACAUGAAAUCCUAAAACAAAAAUCACAAAAUGUUAAAAAUUCACAAAAUGUUGUACCCCAAUCUAUUAGAAAAAACAAAAACAAAAAAACUGAUUUACUAGAGAUGUGUAUACAAAAAUCAGAAUUAUCUGACAUUUUAACUAAUUUAGAAGACAACACAUCAGAACCAGAACAUUUUUCAGUAUGUCAACUAACUUCCAGUUCAAAUAUUACCGAAUCUAUCUUAAAAAACACAUCAUCAGCUCAUCAAAUUAAUUCAAGAAACGAUUUGACAUCUACAAGUAUGAACGUAUCUACAGUGAAUGCUGCGCACUGGUUAUCUGAUAAGUAUCAGAUAACUAAUGGGCAGCAUUCAUUGUUCAACCAGAAAAUGAUAAAAUCGUUAAAAAAUGCAACGAAUUACCAGGGCUCCAAUAAUUCGCCAAACUUUAACACAAGGAUGAGCAGUUGUUCAAAAAUUACUCAAAAUUCAAACAGCCUGCUUAAAAAAACACAAAAAAUUGUUGUGAAGAAUCUGGAAACCAGUUCACAAACCAAGAUGGAUUCUAAACAAGUCACUACAAAUUCCCAAAAUGUUAAGAAGACUGAUGUCAAAAGUUCAUGCACAAAAAAGAAUAAUUCAAGUAUUACUUUGAAACUGGAUCACAACAAUACGCAAGUCACAACAAAUGUAGUGAAGACGCAGAGUUCAAAAACACUUCUUUCUUCCCAAAAAUAUAACGUAAGGAUUGAUGGUAAGAAUGUAUACUUACAACCAAUAAAUAGUACAAGCAAUGAGAAUAUAAAAUGUACCAUCGUUGAAAACUUUAAUGAAAACAUUCCCACUCAAGUAUCACAUGUUCCAAAAUAUGUAUACAUUCAAAAACAACCAAAUACACCAACCAGUUCAUUCCAAGAAGAAGCUAUUACUCAUGCACCGCACAUUCAAUCAACGGAAGCAGAAGGAUCUUCAAUUUCUUUAAAUGUAGGAGCUCGAAGAUUACAACCAGAGAUAUCAUUAAAUGAACUCAUCGACAUUACAAAUUUUCCUAAAGUCAGUGUACCAAUAAGGUCUACCAAUGGAUCUCCAUCAGGCACUAAUUAUGAGUAUGAAGAUUCUCAGCUAGAAAACAUAUUGUCUUGUAACAACUUGCACAGUGAUUUGGAUGGUCCUAAUUUAGAUUUUGGAAGAAGAACUGUUUUAACGAACAGAGACCAUAUUGGAUCUGAAAAUGAUCAAGAAGUACUGUACUACUUACAACAACAUAGAUUGUUGGUGAACACUUGCCGGUUUAUUGAUAUGGAGUCUGCAGUGAGGUGGUUGGUGCGAGGGUUGCCCCUGGUGCACCCGUGCACGAGACUGCUCUCCUAUCGGGUAGUUAACCCGUACUGUGCUCCUACAGUGGGGACUUUCUGUGACUGGCCGUAUGGUAAACGGGCAGCAUGUCAGUGGUUCAGAGCUAAGAUUGUGACGAGAAUCUUAACAGCCCUCAAGACGAGGGGUGUUCUGGCCAGUAAAUCAAACUGGUCUACUUCAGCGGUAUACAGAUGGGCCAAACUACACGGUUAUUCUCCAGCACCGCAGAUUAUCGGCCCUGACAAAAAUGUUGCAAAGUAUUUGCGGCAAUUGAAUAGAAAGUCAAGACAUAGAGCUGUACUUAAGUGGAUGGCAUCUAUGCAUAUUAACAAGAAAGUUACCAAUGAAGAAAUAGAUGUUGUUAGUGAAAACCAAGACCAAGCCUCUACAAAGACAGCCAAGGAGGAUGGCUCAGAGGUUGUAGACUCUGAAGGUGUGACAAUUUGUGGGCAGCCUUGGGUGCGUCAGAUGGCUGGCUACGUCAAGCAUCUUACUAGAGAGAUAGGCGGGAGAUUGGGGUUGGAACCUCUACAGCCAGAUGGACCCCACCUGCCAGUGGCAUCAACACUGCUGGCUCACACUGCGGCUUGCUUCAUUGAAGAUUUGCUGCGGCGGUCUCUGGCUGUAUCAUUUGCUAGACAUGGAGUGACUGUGGCACCCGGAGACGUCAGCAAAGCCAUUCUACAGAAGCCAGAGUUCGAUUUUAUUGCUGAUCAAGAAUUUGAUGUCAGCGCAUUAGAAAAGUACGGAGAAAUAUAAAACACUUAACCAAUAGAUAGAUAUACAAGCUAUCAAAUUAUACAAUUAAGCGUGUAAAGUUUAUUACUAAUAUAUUGCAAUUACAAUUUUCUUAGUAAUAAAACUAAGAAACAUUUAAAUGACUACGGAAGGUGGCGUAGGAAAAUCAAUGCUUAGCCAGGAAGAUAUAACUGAUUUUUCUGUUAAAAUAGAUUUUGUUUAAAUAAAUAGAUUUUCCUGUUUAUUAUCGACUUACAUGUUAAAAAUAGUUUCAAAUUAAAAAUACUCGUAAGUCUGUAAAAAGAGCACCUGUUCCACAAUUUAAUUAUAAUCCCUUCCUAGCCAAGCAUUGAUUUUUAGUUAACUACAGAAGAAUAGGAUAUUUCUCUUUUUCAUAUUCUUUGCCUUGAAGAUUUACACAUUUUAAAAAAAUAGAAGAAAAGUUUUGUCACUACACAAGUUGUAAAAAUUGUAUAUUAUAUACAUUAGUUUGUCGAUACAUAUAAGUAUACACAUAUAAACACUCAAAGGAUGUAAAAGUAGACAAACCAUGUGCUAAAUCUUUUUGACACUUCUUUAUAUGAUUGUUUUCUAAAUUAAAACGAACACCCUGCAAGUAUUAUAUACAGGGACGUUUAAACCUCUGAUCAAAGGUAGACCCAAUCACUCAUAACGAUUAAAACAGUAGAUAGUUGUAUUGCAGUGUCUAACACAAGGUGAGUUAAUUUCUAUCACAAUGUUAAAGGGUGCAGAAGCUAAUAAAAUAUCAUAUAAAGAGAGUCAAAAAAGUAUCAGAUAUGUAAUAAUUUGUUUUGAACACGUAGCCACCAAAGAUUAGAGUAACAGGUACAUUUAGUAACUACAUUACAUUUUAGAUGUUCAAGUAUUAAUGUUAAAAAUAAUAAUAGACUUUGUCAUUAUUGUAAAACCUGUUAUUACGAAGAUAACUCUUCCGUAUAAACUCAAUAAUGAAAAUCCACAUGCAUGUUGCUAUAAUAACAGGUAUAUUACAUUUUUACCUCAAGACAUUGAGAGUGAUAAAUUGUCUCAGCCUGAGGAAUUUUAAGAAAAGAUUAUUACCUAAACUUUAUUUUUCAACAUAACCUCCACAUAUUUUUUACAUCUUGGGUUGGUUCUUUACAUUGUUCAAAAUAUUCAAAUAUUACUCAAAAGUAUUGGGGUUUCAUUUCCUUUUCACUAGGAACCAGUUUUGAAGGCAAAGUGGUUAAGCUGAGUCCCUCUUGAGCUCUGGCUUAAUACAACCUGAUUAUAAAUUUAUAAAAUUGCUUAAUAAAUUGCUGAUUUUGUCCAUUUUUUAAGUAAAGAAUAUAAUGCUUACUUCAAUAGUAAUAUAACGUAGUCAGUAUCGGUAUUGCCUUUAUGGUAAAAAGCCUGUUAAUGAUAUUCCAUAUAAAUACAAUAAUAUACCAUAGUGAUACUGUAUAUAAAUACAAGAUUUAUAUGUAGGAAACAGUAGCACCAACAAAAGUUGAGGAAUAUCAUUAACAGGGUUUUUACCAUAAGGCAAUAUCAAUACUGACUACACUAUUACUUGACACUACUAUUGAAGUAAGCAUAAUGCCAUUAACAGGGUUUUUACCGCAAGGCAUACCAUAAGGUAUAACAGCUGUUAUAUUAACAGUACAAGUUAUAUUUUUGUACUAAUAAUUACACUUUAGUACAAACAUCUUCUGUUUCAAUUAUUGUAAAUACGCUUCUAUUAUUUCUAGAGGCUGUUAAGCUAUAUUUUUAUAUUGAUAAUUUAUGUACAGUAAGUUUUAAAUGACCAUAAUAUAUAGGAAAACAUAAUUCAUAUGCUUCCAGAUGGCUGUUUUUAGCUGUAAGGUAUUUUGUUAAAAAUGUAAUUACUUUUAUAAUUAUGAAUGUUAUUAAAUAUACAAUGCUAAAUAUAAUGUUAUCUCAAAUCUGUGAUUUCAUGUUAAAUAAACGAAAAACUCUCA